AAGCAAGCCAGACUUCAGCUAAGGUUGAAAGGAACUGAAGGAAAACAUGUUGGCUUAUUCAGUGAGAAUAGCUGUUCUUCAUGGAAUUAUUUAUUAUCUUUUAUCCGGUGCACUAUAUGGGCAAGCUACAAGCCAAACAUUUGGAAAAGGCAAUAACACUGAAAAUACUACAGCUACGAUGUCACCAAUCACAACAAGCAAUGUCACUGAAAAUGCAACAGCUACGAUAUCACCAAUCACAACAGUCAACGCCACUGAAGGGACAACAGGCAAUGCCACUGAAAAUGCAACAGCUACGAUGUCACCAAUCACAACAGCCAUGACCACACCAAACACAGGCUGUAUUGUCGAUUGUGGAGAAAAUGGAAGAUGUGUAAAGAUAUUUCAUGGCUACAUAUGUGAAUGUGCCUUUGGCUUUUACAAUGAAAAUAAUACCUGUGUGAAGGGCAAAACCUUUGGUGGAGAACUAACCAUUGAAGAAGUAUUUAAAGAAGAAAUGAAUGACAAAGCAUCCAAGGAACAUGAGAAACUUCUCAACAAAAUAACUGGAAUAUUUAGUGAAACAUUAAAGGACCAUGGCUACAAAUCAACUGUAAUAAUUAAUGUAAGGAAAGGGAGUGUCAUCACAGAUGUUACAAACACAUUUAAUAGUAGUAGUUCGGUGACAGAAUCAGUCAUUGUGGAAGCUUUAUCAAAAUCAUACAAAUAUAAACCUGUGUAUGGCUGCCACAAAAAACAGUGUGACAGUAGUACUACUGUACAUUGUCAUCAGCCAGAUUAUGGUCUGGCUGAGUGUGUCUGCAAAUACGGAUUUUACAAGAUCUCUCAGAACGAAACAAAAUGCAUAGAAUCGUGUGAUUUCAAAUGCAAAGGAAAGAAUCAACAUUGUGUUCCACAAGCUGAAACUCAUGAUGUUGUUUGUGAAUGCCAGUCUGGAUAUAAAAAUAACAGUGGCAUCUGUGAAAGUUGUCCAUUUGGUUAUAAUGGAAUAAACUGCGAGGAUGGAUAUGAACUUGCUAUUACAGUGACUGCAAUUGUAUGUGGAGUUCUGAUUCUGGCUCUAGUAAUUGCACUUGGGUACACAUGGUUGAGAAAGCGGACUGAAUCUGAUGAACAAAAAACACCCUUGGUAAGGUCAGAGCCACAACAAAGCUUUCAUAUGGUUUCUCGUAAUUCUCGAGCUCAAAACAGGAUUCCAAGAGUACAUCUGUCUCAAGAUGAUAUUGACUAUGAUACAAAUAGCAAACCAUCACCUUGGUCUUCAAGAGAUAAUGAUGAGGCUGACUACUUUCACCAGAGGCCAUGGAAUGAGAUAGCAGAAUACAACAGAAAGGCCUGAAACAUGGACAGAAAGUAUGAUUAUAGAAACUGAUGGCUCAAAUGAAAUGACCUGAAUAGUCUGGGGAAAUGUUAGAAAUAUGUAACUGGUCAGUUAGCAUCUGCAAAAAAAAUGUAGAUAAUACGUUACAUUCUUUUCUGUCAGUACUUUAUGAAAUAUUGAAUUCCUAACAUUAACUUACAUAAUUCACUUAUAAAUAUUAACUGACCAGUAUUUGUAAUAUCAUGGAGAAUAGACUUCUUUGUUCUUUGAAUCCAUAAUGAAAUUAAUACAUUGACCAUUUUCAUUACUCAUUCUUUUAGUCAAUUUUUGUUUUGAUUAUUUCCAACAAAUUCAUGUAAUUUGUUUCAUGAAAGUUUGAUAUAGUAGUUAGAUCUUAGAGAAUUACACCCUUCAGAAUGGGGGAAAUGUCAUUUUCCUUGGCAUUAACUCCUUACAUGAAUCAUAAAUCAGCUUCGGCCAAUUUUACUGAACUGUUUGUUUCUGGUGGAUGAAAUUAUAUGAAAUUCUUAAUAAAUGUUAAAAUUCAAUUCCACUUUCAUUAAUGUUCCUAGAGCAGUUACGGAAAGAUAAAAUUAGUGCAAAAUGUCUUGGGAGAGCAUACCUUUCAGUGUUACUGCAGUAUUGUUGUUCAUGAAAGUCAAAUGUGUUAAUAAAUGAUCAGUUUAUAAUCUAAAAUCACUAAGGAAGAUUGCUACAUUGAUUAAUUUUUUCAGAAGUGUUUGUUCUUGGGAUAAUAUAAAUAAUAAAUACGAAUAAAAUAUUUUAAUUGCAA